AUGACCAUGUUUCUGGAGCUUCAGGUCAAUCAGAAUUCAACCGGAAUCCUGCUCCACCAAGCAAAGUAUGUUGACGAUAUUCUUGAGAAGUUUGGAUUUACAGACGCAAAGCCUGCAUCGACUCCCAUAGCUGAAGGACCCCUGCUGACUCCAGAUACUGAUGGUGAAACCGUAGAUCAAACUCACUACAAAUCGAUGAUUGGUUCCUUGAUGUAUCUCACUACAAGUCGUCCUGACAUCAUUAAUUACGGAGGCUGUGAGCUUAACAGGAAAUCCACAUCAGGAGGGUGUCAGUUCCUUGGUGAUAGACUGGUGUUGUGGCAAUGCAAGAAACAACAUACAAUAUCUACUUCUACAGCAGAAGUGGAAUAUGUUGCUGCAUCGGCGUGA